UUGUAUUAUGAUGAAUUAUUUCGUGAUAUUUGUGAUAAUUCGAGGAGAAGAGAAAAAAGGAUCCAGUUUCCCUUAUUUUACACACAUUGAUUUAUGUGCCGCCACUGUGAGUGGAUCAUUUAUAACGUUUUUUAUUGCUGAAACCAGUGCACAUCUCAUGUAGUUCUAUCUUUGUUUCUUCAAAUUCUUUGUUGGCAACACUGGUAAAUCUAAAUCAUAUAACCUACAACUUAACCUAAUAUAUUUCAAAAUUAUAUUUUGAAUAUCGUUAUUUAUAAAAAAUAAGACUGGUUUUGCUUAGUUUUAUAUCAUGUUUAAAUAUGUGAUGACUAGUUUGAAACCUCUUCACACAUCAAGGGUUAUCUGUCGCAGUAAUGUUGGUGAAAUUCGAACUUAUGCCACACUUCCAAAGAGAUUCUAUAAGGAAACAAAUAUUUUAAGAAGCGAAGGGAAAUUUGAAGUAACUCUAGAUCAGAGAAAGUUGAAAACUCCAAUGGGAAAUGUUUUUGCUGUGGAAAGUGAACCACUAGCAUUAGCAGUUGCAACAGAAUGGAAUUCACAGAAAGAUAAAAUAAUCCAAACUAAAAUGCAUCUGACAACCUUGUGCAAUACAGUAAUUGAUAAUCCCAAUCACUUAAAUAAGCAUGAUAUAGUCAAUUACAUUGUGAAUUAUCUAGAUACUGACACAGUUUUAUUCCAAGCCAAUGAAGACGAAGAACUUCUGAAGUUUCAAGUAAUGCAGUGGGAUCCAAUAAUAGAAUGGUUCAACAACAGAUUUGAAGCUAAUUUAAAAAAAUCCAUUCAAAUGGACAUACCUCCAGCAAGUGAUCAAGAUAAAAAUCUUUUGACUAAACAUCUGAUGUCAUAUAAUUUUGCCGCUGUAAAUGGAUUCAUGUAUUGUGUGGACACAUUAAAGUCAGUUGUGUUGAGUUUGGCUUGCACUGAACGGUUCAUAACACCAGAAAGAGCAGUUUUAUUAUCUCGGUUGGAAGAAGAAUAUCAAACUGGUCAUUGGGGAAGAGUAGAAUGGGCUCAUGACCUCAGUCAGCAGUCUCUUCAAGCGAGGUUAUCCGCAGCAGUAUUGUUUGUUCAUUUCAAUUCUCAGUCAAAUAAAAUUCAGUCAAAAACGAAAAAUUAAGAAAUAAGGCAUUUCAUUUAUUCAAUUACA